AUGUCAUGGUAUUGGGAAAUUCUACUGCCUGAGCUCUCAUCUGCUAUUUCAUUAGGCAAAGCUGUCAAUUUCAAUAUGAAAUCAGUGUUGAGUGAAUUCCCAAAAGAAGACAAGCCAGAGUCAAGCAAACACCCUCUUUUAGAAGACGUGACAGAAGAUGAUAUUUACACUAAAGAUGGCACGGAAGAUUACCAUAACAAUCCUGCUAACAAGAGGGAAACAGGAAGCUGGAAGGCCUGCCCUUAUAUCCUUGGAACUGAAUGUUGCGAAAGAUUGGCAUACUAUGGGAUGAGCUCCAAUUUGUUGCUUUAUUUCAAGAAUAAACUCAACCAGCACAGUGUUACUGCUUCAACAAAUCGCUCAAAUUGGUCUGGAACAUGCUAUAUCACUCCAUUGAUUGGAGCAUUUCUUGCUGAUGCCUACUUAGGAAGAUAUUGGACAAUUGCCAGUUUCUCCAUCAUUUACGUUAUUGGGAUGGCACUCUUGACAUUAUCAGCAUCAGUCCCUGGCCUAAAGCCAACAUGUUACGAAGAAGACGGUUGUCAUCCAACUGAUGCUCAAACUGCGGUGUGCUUCACAGCACUUUACCUGGUUGCACUGGGAACUGGAGGGAUUAAGCCUUGUGUCUCCUCCUAUGGAGCAGAUCAGUUUGAUGAUUCUGAUGAGGUUGAGAAGAAGUACAAGAGUUCAUUUUUCAAUUGGUUCUAUUUUUCCAUCAAUAUUGGUGCACUGAUUGCUUCUUCUGUGAUAGUCUGGGUACAAAAUAAUAUCGGUUGGGGAUGGGGCUUUGGCAUUCCAGCUGUGACCAUGGCAGUUGCCGUAGUUUCUUUCUUUUCAGGUACUCAGCUGUAUCGGAACCAGAAACCUGGAGGCAGCCCACUGACACGCAUCUGCCAGGUGGUGGUGGCCUCUUUGAGAAACUAUCGGGUUAAAGUACCUGCUGACAAGUCUCUCUUGUACGAGACUACAGAUGCAGAAUCCGCCAUAGUUGGAAGCCGCAAGCUUGAUCAUACGACUGAUUUCGGCUUCUUCGAUAAGGCAGCGGUGGUGGUGAUACAAUCAGAUCAUAUGGAGGAUUCAGUAGACUCAUGGAGAUGUUGCACAGUAACACAAGUUGAGGAGUUGAAAGCAGUCAUACGUUUGCUUCCUAUAUGGGCCACUAUUAUUAUCUUCAGUACUGUUUAUGGACAAAUGGGUAACUUAUUCGUGUUGCAAGGCACCUUCAUGGAUGCUUAUGUGGGCAACUCUGGCUUUGAGAUCCCAGAAGCAUCACUUGGCAUUUUUGACACCCUUAGUGUGCUUUUUUGGGUCCCAGUCUAUGAUCGAAUCAUCGUUCCAGUAGCCAGAAAAAUCACCGGCCACAAAUCUGGCUUGACUCAACUGCAGCGAUUGGGAACUGGCCUCUUCAUAUCAAUCUUUUCCAUGCUAUCUGCAGGGAUCUUAGAGAUCGUUAGACUUGACAUUGUGAGAAGGCACAACUACUAUGAUGUUCAGCAUAUCCCCAUAUCAAUAUUUUGGCAGGUUCCACAGUAUUUCAUAAUAGGCUGUGCAGAAGUAUUCACAUUCAUUGGACAAUUGGAGUUCUUCUAUGAACAGGCGCCUGAUUCCAUGAGAAGCUUAUGCUCUGCUCUCUCGCUCACCACUGUUGCCCUCGGAAGCUAUUUGAGCUCUUUACUGGUGACCAUUGUUACGGUUAUCAGUACUCGGAAUGGAAAUCCCGGAUGGAUACCAGACAACUUGAAUUAUGGUCACCUUCACUACUUCUUCUGGCUCUUGGCUGUGCUAAGCGUGGUGAAUUUAGGAGCUUUUAUCUUGGUAGCAAAGUGGUACACACAUAAAAGGCCGGUUGGAAAUCUCCGGUGAUUGCUUCAAGGAGUGACACCACGGACAAUAUAAGCAAGUCUGUCCUACCCGCGUUUCUGACUUUUAUUUGCUUUUCACCAAUGGUGGUUUAACCACUUGAAAAUUCACUCUAUCAGUCAUCAGCUUCUUUAUCUUAUGUGAAACAUACAGUUAAAUUCUAGUACAAAGACCAUAGAUUGUUAAUGUUUAUGCAAUUAGAGAGUGCAGAAAAGAAAAGCAAAUGCAUAUUGCCGCGUUCUGUCUACUACAAAAGAUAUAAUUGACGCUUAUAACACAGUUGGAAGCUGAUUGUAUACUUUGUAGAUUAUGAACAUGAAGGCCAUCAGCACUUAUGUUUCCAAUGUCCAUACGCCCGACAGAUUAUGAUUAUCCGUGAUCGGCCGAUGCAAUGUCCAUCUGCAAAGAUGCCAUGGGAUUCUUUGAUUUCUUGUGCUGCUAAGGAAUGGAGAGGAAAGUCUUUGAAAAAAAUUAUAAUGCUCAUCAACCACCGUAUAUUAUACUUGGAAAGGCAGUACUUUAAAAAAAAAAAAAUUGUGUAACUCGGGGGAUGCUGUGACAUUGAAGAAUGACAGUUCUGAAGGAGAGAUUGGCUAUGCUUACGCUUCCAAAUUCUCCUGAUUGUUCAGUCUUGGAACCUCCUGGAAAUCUGUCUGAAGUUAUGAUUUCUGGUUGUGGUUUGAAUCUCAAUGAUAUGGACAGCUGAGGUAGAUGCUACACAACAUUAUGCCUGAGCAUUUGGUUCGAUUUCGUACUUUAGUUACUCUGAUCGGAGAUGUUAUGCAUAUUGAUUGCCUUGUCAUUUGUGAUGUUCAGCAGACCUCAAUUCUUGAGUGGAGUUGUUCUUCUAAUUCUUGGAAAUAAUGGUAUAUUUAUUUAAAAAAAUCAUUAAGUGUUGGAGAUAUAGCAGCAGCCUAGUUUAUUAGGAUUUAUUAAGUUUUUCUUUUUUACCUUUUUAUUCUUAUUGUAACUUUUAUU